AUGGCCAGUGGCAUCAACAGAUUCCUCUCCAAACGCGAGGGCAAGCGCAAUCGGGGCCGUGGUGACCAGCACGAUCCCCAGCACCACCACUUGCCUCAUCACCCUCAUCCUUACCCUCUCACCAGAAAGCCGUUCUCGACGUCCAGCCCCGAACUUGCCUUGAAACCGAGCGAUCCAAACUCAGCUGCCGACUUCUAUGGCCUGUUUGACGUCCAUGCCCCCCUGGCUACUGUGGCAGAGGAGCCUAAGAUCAAGACGUUACGCCGUCGAAUUCUCAACUCCAAAGGUGUGCUAUUGAGGGAUGCCCAAAUCCUUUGGGCUCUCCGCUCCAAUGCCUCCAGCGGGGAUUUGGACGCCGCAUAUGAACUUCUGCUCGCCAUGUCCGACGCCUCGGAAGGGAUUGUCACGCCGUAUGAUCCUAGAACGAAGCUCCUCGGUGCACAGAACCGGCAGGGAGUGACUUGCUUCCUCGACGCCACGCUGUUUUCCAUGUUCUCUCGCCUCGACAGCUUCGAAGCCAUGCUCUAUAACUCGUUUAACGACGUAGCACGCAAUAAGCUCGCGUUCCUCUUACGCCUUUGGGUGAACCUGCUGCGGUCUGGGAAGCUCAUCACCACGGACAUAACAAAAGUGAUGCAGGACACUUUGGCAGAAUGUGGUUGGGCCGAAGCGGCAGAGCUGCAUCAGCAAGAUGCUUCGGAAGCUUUCUCCUUUAUCACGGGCAAGCUCGAUCUGCCCCUGAUGACGUUGAAAAUGGACAUCUACCACACGGGCAAAGAAGACAGCAAUGACGAUCACAAGUUCAUCAACGAAAGACUCCUGGAGGUGGCCAUCCCUCCCGACCCGACGGGCCAAAGGUCCGUAAUUACGCUUGAAGAAUGUCUCGAAGACUACUUCAACAACCGAAUCGAGGUCCGAAGGUACUUGGAGCGACGGUCGACGAUAAAUUCCAUGCGCAAGACGAGCGCGGUGCACGUCGAGACUGUCGAGUUGGACGGCGACCAAUCACCAAUCACCCCGCUCUCCCCGUCUCCGAGUUAUGCAUCGCCUACCAGACCGGGGGCAAACCGUACUCGAGCACCUAGUAUUAUCCAGGAGCGCUACAUCCCUCCACGCAAUGAAAGUGGAUAUUCAUCGCUGGUCCCAAUUAACUCCAAGGACUCUGCACCCAUGUCGCGCAUCGGAAGCGUUCGGAAGGAGGUGAUGAUGCCUGCGUGGCAAUUCUUCAGCCUGAUUCCCUGGUACACCGACAACGUGCCUACGAAUGACGCCCAAGUUGCUGCCCACUUCUCGUCGAAACGGCCCGUCCUCGGACUUUGCCUCAAGAGAUAUUCAUUCACGCCUGCUGGCAAAGCAAUUCGUUUGGAUACACAGGUGGACAUCCCAGUCGAGAUUGGAGUACCUCACUUCAUUCAGGAUGAUCGUGUGGAAGAGACCGGCGGCUUGCAGGGGAAUUUCAAACUCUCCUUACAAUCUGUUGUCUGCCACCGAGGCAAUUCCGUCGAUUCCGGGCAUUACAUUGCUCUUGUGCGAGGCAGUGCUGCCCCGUGGUCAUCUGACGGGCAACUUCCAGAGACAGCCAAGACUUGGAUGAGAUUCGACGACCUUGCACCACAGCGGAUUGCUGUCGUCGACAUUGAGAAAGCCCUCAAAGAAGAAACGCCCUAUCUGCUCUUCUAUCAGAUUCUGCCCAUCGAGGGCGACCCUGGAAGUAUAGCAGCAGGAGAGGAGCCACUGGCUUCAGUCUCGGAGCACAAUACAUCCGUCAGUGAAAUCUCCAGCGAGUCUGCUCUGACAGACAAUCAGACUCUGUCUGGUCGUCCCAGCUUCGAGAUCACGCUCCUCGAAGAGCCGAGGGGUCGAUCGCCGACGGAAACAAGAAGAACGAGUGUCAUCUCCUUCCAGGACCCGCCUCCGGAGUACACAAAUGGGGCGUCCUUGUCAGUGCCCAACAUGGUGGAUCCAUCUAGCACGCCGCGUCCCAAAUCCCUAUCACGGACGCAAAGCAAAGCAAGUGAAAGUAGUCUGGGCCGAACGCUGUCCAAGUUGAAAAGAAAAAGCCGGGAAGUCUUGCCGCUGGACAAUCCAAACCAGACGGAGGUUCACGUCACAGAAAUCUCUGAGCCGAUUAUGCCAACCGCGCACAACGGACAGACGUACGCAUCGCAAACAGGAUCGCCACAUUUUUCCAAACAGAACACCCUGCAAUUCCAACAUCAACCACCCCGAACGCAUAAAAGCGAGAAGAGCCGCAGUCGGAUAUCAAGAAGUAAGAUGCGAGGUGAGAAGCCAGAUAGAGAGUGUGUUGUUAUGUGA